AUGACAUGGGAGCAAAAAUCUCAGGAUAAAAUAAACCCACCUGAUUUUGAACUUUGUGGAGAUGAAGAUGACAACCUGCAGGUCACAACUGCAUGUGAGAAUGAUGAUUCCAAGCACAUCUAGAUUUUUUGCUCUGCACAUCAAGACAUACAGCCAUACCACCUUCUUUAGCAUAAAAGAACCCACAAAGCCCUAGUUUGGCUGGGCUUUCAUACCACAAAGACUGACAACAAAAAACUUUCGGCUUAGAAAUACGAACUCAUUUCAAAGUUGACCAAGAUUCCUAAAUAUUCUGAGCGUAUUAAGCAGAAGAUUGAUUAUUCAUUUAAAUUCCUUAUGGAUGAUCACACUUUCACAUCAUAUUGUGACCUUGCUAAUAUUAACAAUCCUGGUACUUUUAGGAAAGAAAAUAAUUAUUUACUAAAACCAUUAUCAAUUUGCCAAGAUAAAAAUUCCACAUGGCAAGGAGACAAGGAAGACAGGCUUGUUGUGCUCGAUGACUGUGGAAAUAGAUCAGGUAGAUGUUUUUGUGGGUUAGUUGAUGGCUUUUAUGGUGUGGCAGGUGCAACAGUUGCAGCAGAGCUUCCACUUUCACUUCUUGACCAGGCUGCUCCAACAGCUUCUUCCUGAAAGGAUAAAUGGCAAGUUCUAGAUUCUUAUGCCACGCUAAUCAGGGCACAUUACAGGAAAAAGAGAUAUUUCUCUGAUCAACCAGGCAACAACAAGACCCAUAUUUACGAAUGGAUUCACAAAGCAUAUGCCAAGCCCUCUUGGAGAAUGCAUAGACUUUUAUCACUGGGAAGGAAUGAGGUUUCCAAAGUUCACCGGAGUGGCUGUUCAGCAGUUACCUGCUUGGCAGAAAGAAUCCCCAGCAAAGAGACAGAUGGCACUGAGAAAAAACAAAGAAGACACUUCGAAAACAGCAGACAGUCAUUAGCCAGGACAGCCAAAGGUGUUGCGGGGUUACCACACAUAGCUAAGAGAUAUGCACAUUCCACACCAAGAGAAACUGAUGACCACAAAAAUCAAACUGAUCCAGAACUCUAUCUUUUCAGUAAGAAUGAAGUAAAUUCAUGGAACAGAGAUAUAAACCAGCCUGAUUCUAGCACACGAGGUGAUUCUGAAGAACUGAAACAGUUUGAGGACAGAAAGAUUACCUAUCAGCCACAGUCACAGGCUGCAGAGCAAGAAGACACCAAUGCUUUCUGUGCAACAGCUCCAAGUUGCAUCCAUAAACAGCUGCAAGAAAACAUACUGGCAAUAGGGUCUGAAGACAUGAAACAGCCCCCAAAGAAUGCAAAAGCACCUAAUUAUGACUCAGGUCCACAACUGGAAGAAAAAAUGAACUCCAAGAUAUUUUGUGAUAAACCUGCAAGUUACACUGGCCAAGAGCUGCUAAAGACUGUAUCGCCAGUGGGUUCUAAACCACCACUACAGUCUGAAGAGGACACAAACACAUACCUGUCUAAUUGCAAAUCACAAACUGCAGGAAGAGGCAGAGUCAUCUCUGAGACACCCUAUGACAACGCAGGAAGCUACAUUAGUAAACAACUGGUAAAGACAGCAGUAGCUGCAGGUUCAAGAUAUAAUAUUACUAUUUUGAUGGUACUUCUAAAUGGGUGCAAGAAGAUACCCAAUUACCUCAGCACUUAA